AUGGCGGGCAGGCUGCAGUGGACAGGUCGCGAGGGCAGGCCACGGGACGGGGGCCCCGGCCGCGCUGGCUGCGCCAACCCGGGCAAGUUCCACCAUGUGGAGAAGAGCGCGUCGUGCGCGCCGCUGUGCGCGCCCGGCGUGGACGUGUACUGGAGCCGCGAGGACAAGCGCUUCGCCGUGGUCUGGCUGGCCGUCUGGUCCGUGCUCUGCUUCUUCUCCAGCGCCUUCACUGUGCUCACCUUCCUCAUCGACCCCUCCCGCUUCCGGUACCCCGAGCGCCCCAUCAUCUUCCUCUCCAUGUGCUACUGCGUCUACUCCGUCGGGUACAUCAUCCGCCUCUUCGCGGGCGCCGAGAGCAUCGCCUGCGACCGGGACAGCGGGCAGCUGUACGUCAUCCAGGAGGGGCUGGAGAGCACCGGCUGCACCCUGGUCUUCCUGGUGCUCUACUACUUCGGCAUGGCCAGCUCCCUGUGGUGGGUGGUCCUGGCGCUCACCUGGUUCCUGGCGGCUGGCAAGAAGUGGGGCCACGAGGCCAUCGAGGCCCACAGCAGCUACUUCCACCUGGCGGCGUGGGCCAUCCCGGCCGUGAAGACCAUCCUGAUCCUGGUCAUGCGGCGGGUGGCGGGGGACGAGCUCACGGGCGUGUGCUACGUGGGCAGCAUGGAUGUGAACGCCCUCACCGGCUUCGUGCUGGUCCCGCUGGCCUGCUACCUCGUGGUGGGCACCUCCUUCAUCCUCUCCGGGUUCGUGGCCUUGUUCCAUAUCCGCAGGGUGAUGAAGACAGGCGGGGAGAACACGGACAAGCUGGAGAAGCUCAUGGUGAGGAUCGGCGUCUUCUCCCUGCUCUACACCGUGCCGGCCACCUGCGUGAUCGCCUGCUACUGCUACGAGCGCCUCAACGUGGACUACUGGAAGGCGCUGGCCGUGCAGCACAAGUGCAGGGUGGACAACCAGACCAAGUCGCUGGACUGCGUGCUGGCCGCGUCCAUCCCCGCCGUGGAGGUCUUCAUGGUGAAGGUGUCCAUGCUGCUGGUGGUGGGCAUCACCAGCGGGGUGUGGGUCUGGACCUCCAAGACGCUGCAGUCCUGGCGGCAUGUGUGCGGCCGCCGGCUGGGCCGGAAGGGCCGCCGGAAGCCCGCCAGCGUGCUCACCGGGGGCAGCGGCGGGAUUUACAAAAAAGCCCAGCACCCCCAGAAACCACAUCUGGGCAAGUACGAGCUCCCUGCCCAGCCCCCUACCUGCGUGUGAGUGG